CAAACGUGUGGAGUGCGAAAGGAAAAAGGGCAGAGUUUACCUGUUCACCAAAUUUGGUUUUUGGGCUAUAAAUAUAUCUCAAACAGACUCGGGAGUUGUUCACAAUCUCACAUAUUCCCUCCCUUUUUGUGCCUCCAUUUUUCUCUCUUUGACAAUUUCAUAAGACCAAGUUACCAGACAUUCAUGGGGACUGUUGUCGAUUCUGUUAACCAGGAAGCAGGAAGCCUGCCAACCAACAAGAAGGUCACUGUUAUUUUUGUUCUCGGUGGCCCAGGCAGUGGUAAGGGCACCCAGUGUACUAAUAUUGUUGAAAACUUUGGGUACACCCAUCUAAGUGCUGGUGAUCUUCUCCGAGCAGAAAGAAAUUCUGGUUCCGAGAAUGGGACGAUGAUUUCGAACAUGAUUAAAGAAGGGAAAAUUGUACCAUCAGAGGUAACAAUUAAGCUUCUCCAACGAGCAAUUGAGGAAAAUGACAAUGAUAAAUUCCUUAUUGAUGGUUUUCCCCGGAAUGAGGAGAACCGUGCUGCUUUUGAGUUAGUUACUGGAAUUGAGCCUGAGUUUGUGCUCUUCUUUGAUUGUCCUGAACAAGAGAUGGAGAAACGCCUUUUAGGUCGUAACCAGGGAAGAGAAGAUGAUAAUAUUGAAACAAUAAGGAAGCGAUUCAAGGUUUACAUGGAAUCUAGUCUACCUGUUAUUGAAUAUUACCAGUCCAAGGGGAAGGUUCGAAAGAUUGAUGCUGCAAAGCCUGUUGGAGAAGUAUUUGAAGCAGUUAAAGCUGUUUUUUCCCCAGCUAAUGAGAAGGUUGCUGCCUGAAAAUUCAUUAGUAGAGAGGCAUCACGAUUAAGUAUUAUGGUAUAUCAGUAUUGUUUGCAUAUUGGUGCUUGCUGUGCGUCUUCAGCCAAACGAUGUAUCUUUAUAGAUAUCACUUUUAUAGAAGUUUAUGCAAAAUUUUCUCUAUUUUAUCCCUCUCCAUUUUUUGUUCUUUUGAAGGAAACACAAUGUUGUAUUAUUGGCUUAUUGUCUCUGUAUUGUUAUCAUUGUCGAUUCUGAAUUCUGAUAAAUAAAAUUAUAAGAGUUUCUCUC